AUGUGUGGUCACUGUAACCUGCAUCACCGAGCGGCCCGAGCCAAGGUGACCCGCCGCACCGGACACGGCGGCUGUGGCCUCCCAACGCUGACGCCACGCUCAAACAGGUCCAGAAUAGACCUCAAUCCUCCUGGGGUUGGCUCCUGGGGUCGGAUCCUGGGGUCGGAUCCUGGGGUCGGAUCCUGGGGUCGGAUCCUCGGGUCGCUCUGUGGCCGUGGCGGUGAGAUGCGUUGA